AUGAAUGAAUGAAUGAAUAAAAAAACAUUUAAGAUAAAAGGAUGCAAGGGCCACACCACAACACAGCCAUGACAAAAUUGGCAGCAAUGGGCGUCCAUAGGUGAUAACGCUUUGUUUGUCUGUUUGUUGUUGUUUGUUAUUAGCCAGGCGAUUCUUGCCAUGUCUGUCAUGUUGUUGUUGACGCCGUGUAUGAAUCAAAACAUUCCAUGAUGAAUGAGCACACACACACACACAUGAAGCAUGCAUGAAAAAUUCAAGACGUAAUAAACGCCAUAUAGUUUCAUAUGCUAAAUAAUAAUAAAAAUGUUCUCAUUCAAUGUCCAGUGUUAUUAAUGAUUGACAAGUAAUGUAUACAUCGUGCAUCGUGCAUCGUGCAAAACAUCGUUUUUAUUAUGUAAUAAUCAUCCAACUAAACGUGGAUUUGUUGAUGUUGUUGAUCUAUGUUUUUGUUUGUGUCUAUCAACCAAGUAUCGAUUGAUUAUUAAUAAACAAAGUUAUCGAUUUAGCAAUUUCAUUGGCGUACAUGUGAUGAUAUACAUUUUGACAAAUCAUUCUAUGGUUAUGACCGACCAUCAUCAUCGUUCAUCGAUAAUAAUUUGUUCAUCUUUUUUUUCAUCAUAACACUUUCAUCGUGACAUUGUUUCAUCAUUAUCAUCAUCAUCUCAAACGAAGCCACAAAAAAGGUCAGAUGUUGCAUAACCAUCUAAUUAUACUGGCGGGAGAAAAAAAUAUACGAAAUAUUAGAUAUUAUCAUUUAUGAGAAUGGAUUAUGAACAAUCACACCAGGAAUUGGUAAAGUGCGUCGUUGUUGGCGAUACUGCUGUUGGAAAAACUCGUCUAAUAUGUGCAAAAGCUUGUAAUCUUAUUCUUGAUUUAAGUCAAUUGAUGACCACACAUAUACCAACUGUAUGGGCCAUUGAUCAAUAUCGAAUUCAUAAAGAAGUUUUGGAACGUUCCUGGGAAGUUGUGGAUGGUGUGAACGUAUCAUUGAGACUUUGGGAUACUUUUGGUGAUCAUGAUAAAGAUCGACGUUUCGCCUAUGGCAGAUCGGAUGUCGUAUUAUUAUGCUUCUCUAUCGCUAAUCCACUAUCGUUGAGGAAUUGUAAAACAGUAUGGUAUCCUGAAAUUCGUAAAUUCUGUCCAAAUACACCGAUCGUAUUGGUGGGCUGUAAGAAUGAUCUACGUUAUAUGUUUCGUGAUGAACAAUUUCAAAAUCUUUGCCGUGAACGAAGUCCCUUUUUCCGGGUUAAUCAUCUUUGCUGCAGAUUUCCAGAAUGCGGAAGGCCACUUAAAGAAUGUGACAUAUUGUCACCGGAACAAGGUCGUAAUAUGGCCAAAGAGAUUAAUGCAUCUUACUAUGAAACGAGCGUAUUCACCGGUUACGGCGUCAAACAAGUUUUCGAGAAUGUGAUUCGUUCAGCAUUGAUUGCUCGCCGACAACAACGAUUUCUGAUGACCAGUUUAAAACAUGUCCGUGAUUGUUUGCUACAGGAACCGUUUUUGCCACCCAAACCACAGCUUCCCCAAUUGGUAGUUCCAGCAUCGACUUAUGGCCUAGAUAUUGGAUCGUUGCUCAACCGACAAGCUUAUACGGAUGUUGUGUUUGUUAACCAUACGGCCAGCAAGGCCAGCAUCAACUGCCACAAAAUCGUUUUGAUCACAGCGUCUGAUAUGUUGAACACAUUGUUCACUUUUCCACCCUAUAAUCGAUGUAAAGCUCAUUUUGGAACGUGCAUAGAUUCGGUUAUAGCAUCCGCUCCAGCCACAACUAAACGGUUGACCAGAUGUGCUAGUGAUAUAAGCAUAGCCAGUUCGGUGGACGACCUGGAUAAACAUGAACCGAAACCGUUUGUUGAUGACAGUCUAUUGGAUGUUCGUUGGAAUCAUCUUAAAUACGUACUCAGUGCCUCGCUAUUUCCGUUACUUAGUUUCGAUGCAUCCAAAUUGUUCAAACAUUCGUUCAGCAAGCAGAAACUUUUCUCAUACAAUCGAUUUCAGCAAUCGAAACAUCGAUUGAAAUUGUUUCAGCAGAAACUUGUCACUAUAUAUAAACAUGUUCGACAAGCACGUUUAGAUGGUACUAGUCUAAGAUCGACUCGUCAAUCGAUCAUAUCAUUUGGUGAUAACAUUCCAUUCGAAGCAUUGAAUACAUACAUUUCGUUGCUCUAUUCAUUCACAACGACGACAAAGCCAUUUACUUAUGGUCAACUGAAUGAUCUAUACAAAUGUUUAUCUUAUUUGGAUUUUGUCGAUUUCGAUAUGUCCAUCCUUUCGCUAGAUAAUUUUAUUCCCAACAUGCAACAUUAUAUUGAAACGAGCAAAUAUGAUAUAUUUGCAAAACGUUUUGCUUUUUUUGGUAUCGAAAAAGGACUCUUUUCCGAUGUCAUAUUUCGAUUGGACGAUGGUACUUGUUAUGGCCAUAAAGCUGUUCUUAUGGCCAGAUGUGAAGUGAUGGAAGCCAUGUUCAAAGGUGAUUUUCGUGAAAGUCUUGCUCAAAUAAUAGUGUUUCCGAAUGUUGCCAAGGAUACAUUCUACAGUAUGCUUUUUUACAUUUACACCGAUAUGUUGGUCGAUUGCAUUAACCAUAAAAAUUGCCUUCCACUAAUCGAACUUGCUAAUCGUUUUUGUCUCACACGCCUUAUUGGUUUAAUCGAAGAAUGUGUCGUUAAUGAACUGUCGUGUAUGUGUGAAAAACAAAAAACGGAUAUAACACCGGCCGUAAUUCGAUUACUGGAACCAUCGCAGAUACAUAACGCAGAUCAAUUGACAGAAUUCUGUUUUCAUUACAUCACCACACAUUACAAUGAUAUCUGCCAUAAUCACACAAAGCUAUUACGAUCGUUACAUCCGGAAAAUCAAGCCUACUUAAACCGAAAUCGAUGGCCACCAGUAUGGUACCUGAAAGAGCUAGAUUACUUUGAACGCUGCGUUCGUGAACGAGAAUGGCAACAGAAUCCGAAAAGUUAUAAACGACGUCGUAUGAGUGCUGGCUGUUUUUGUUUCUCACCGUCCAAACCUAAAUCGAAUCGAAAUCAGCUAAACAAAGCGACCACAUCCACUUAUUCCGGCUUGACUUAUAAGAUCAUUGGUAUCAUGUGAUACUGCAUCCACUCAUCAUCAUCAUCAUAAUGAUAAAAUCCAUCCAUACACAACAAUUCAUCAAUCAAUCAUUAUUAUGCAUAA